CAGUGCACUGCACCAUUCUGGAUAAAGGUGCCUAUGAACCUCAAUGAAUCUCAGUUUUUUUCUCAAAGACACGGUUAUGGGGGAGACAGCAGACACCAUGGGGCCCCUGUCAGUCUCUACCCACACAAGACUUGUCCACUGGCAAAAGCUCCUGGUGGCUGCCUCACUCUUCAACUUCUGGUGCCAGCCCACUACAGCUCAACUUGCUAUUGUGUCUACCUAUGCUGCUGAAGGGAAAGACGUGAUUCUACGUAUCCACAAUAAGCCUCCUAAUCAUGCAAGUCUCCUGUGGUACAAGGGUGAAGGUGCAAACAAAAAUAAUAUAAUAGCAUUUCUUUCAGAAAAGCCAAGAAUGCAUUUAUUAGAUCCUGCAUUUGGAAGAGUAGUAUUAAAACAAGAUGGGUCCCUGCUGAUAAAGAAGGUCACCAAAGCUGAUGCAGGAAAGUACACUAUAUUAGUCUACCUUACAAAUUCAAGAAAAGAAAUAGGAUUUGGAAGGCUUACUGUAUAUGAGCCUGAAUUGGUGGUCUCCCUGGAAGCCAGCAACACCACAGUCACAGAGAAUAAGGACAGUGUGGUUUUGACUUGCCACACAAAUGCACUCUUCAUCCACUGGUUGUUCCAGGGCAUGAAUCUUGAGCUCAAAGAGCACAUGAAGAUAUCUAAAGAUCACCAAAGCCUCACCAUAAACCCUGUGAAGAGGGAAGAUGCUGGGAUUUAUUGGUGUGAAGUUUCCAACCCCGUGGGGUUUAAUGAAAGUUGGCCUGUUUCACUGGUUGUGAAAUUUGAGUGACCCUCCUUUCUUGCCAUGUUAAUAAGUUCUAAAUAAAAUGU